UUAGCUUCACUGCAUCUGUCAAACUGACGUGUAAAUAUGCGAAAGUCGCGGAACCAAUGUAAUUUAUCAUUUAUACAAAAAUGUGUCGAAAAGUACCAUAAUAAAUGUUCAAAUUAGAGUUAUCUCAAUGAUACUCAGUUACAUAUAGCAUACUGUAUUUAUUUGGAACAAAGUUUUCCAACAUUCUAGUCAGAAAUGUUCCUGUUGGGCUCAACUUUAGGGUUUGAUAGUUUAGACAAUUUUUACGUGCAGUUUUUGGCUGAGACUGUAUUGUAUCUUAGAAGCUUUGCGUUGUAUAUAAGUUUGUGGGUUUUGGGGUAUCUGCUGGUGUGUUGUGUGGUGUAUCGGCGGUACGCACGACGGUUACCGACGAGAUCACGAGGCGCGCUACGAGCGAAGCGGGUGUUGAUUGUAGUAGCACACCCAGAUGACGAGUGCAUGUUCUUUGGGCCUACGAUAUUUAGACUGUGCGAGCAAGGCGCAGACGUGUAUCUGCUCUGUCUCUCUAAUGGUAACAAUGAGGGCAAGGGCACUAUACGGAGUAAAGAGCUAUGGCUUGCAUGUUCUGAGCUUGGGGUGCUCGAUCGGAACAUAUGCCUCGUCACAGACACACGUCUCCCAGACAACCCGAAGGCUCAAUGGCCAGUUACUAUCAUCGCUAAGCUGAUACAGCAUCAAUUAGAGGCUCUGGACAUAGACACACUAGUGUCCUUUGACAGGGGCGGGGUCUCCUCACACCCGAACCAUUCGGCAGUAUUUUAUGCCAUAGCUUAUAUGUUUGUUGAGAAACUUUUGCCUGCCAGAUGCACAGUAUACACAUUAGACACUGUAAAUAUAUUAAGAAAAUACUGGGGCUUUUUAGAUCUUCCACUAAGCUUUAUUUUGUCUUCCAAAAGAUACUUCCUCCGUUGGACGGAGUCCCGCCGCGUAGUUCGCGCUAUGAAGCAACACCGAUCCCAGAUGGUCUGGUUCCGACACCUGUAUGUCAUGUUCUCUCGCUAUAUGAUCAUCAACACGCUUCGCCGGAUCAGCCUGGCCGAUAUUGAGCUGGAGUUAGAAGUUGAUGAUUGAAAUUUGAUGUGCUAACCCUGCUGGGUAUAAUUUAUAUGUAUACCGCUCAAGACCAAGCAAAGUGGCGUGCUGUUGUAUUGCAGGCCAAACUCAUUUUGGGUUAUCGCGCCAGCCAAGUGAGUAAGGGUACAAUUUAUGGAGUGAUUUUGUUGUUUGUCCAUGCUCUGGGGCGGAUAUCUGCUUUCCAUAAGUUUUUUUAUUAAUGACCAAAGG